GUAACUAUAAAUCUAAAUUCCAUUCCCCCCUCACACGGCAAAAUUAUCGUUUUUCAAGAAGUCGCAACUCACACAGACAACAAUUUCCGUGAAUUUAAAUACCACACAGAAUCACUUACUACACUUUCUAUUCAUCCUAAGUUCCUUUCGUAUCAAAUAAUCAAAAUCAGAAUAAGCGAAAACCUAAAACCCUAAAUCCCCAAAUUGAUUUGCUGGACAUGCUCGUUGUCGAAACACCGGUUUCGAUCAAUGGGUGUGACGACUAGCAACCGCAAACGCUCAGAGGAAUGCAUGUCCGUCAAUCACAAUCACACUAUCUCUCCUCCAUCUUCAGAUUACCGCAGAAAGAGACUCAAAUUCUCGUCCGAAUCGACGCUAAUCGUUUCAACCUCAUACGCCGCCGUUUCCAGGAUUUCUCGUUAUCCCGACGUCAAACCGCCGUUCCUUCGUGAAGUUCACGCGCCGUGCAGACCUAAAAAGUUCAACCUUGCCAGAAAGUUAUCGAGCUUGGGCGACGAUAUCAUGGGGAAUUUUCUGGCGAGGAAUUACGAAAAGGCGAAGCGUGCUGCAUUGGGGGAAUGCAGAUUUGUGUCUCAGAGGGAGAAGGUGGUGAUUGAUUUGGAUGUAGAGAGUAGCGGGAGGGAGGUUUCGGAUGAUUCGGGUGUGAUGGAGGUGAUUCAGGUUGAUGAUUCCGAGGUUAAGGUUGGUGGUUUGGAGGCUAAGGUGGUUGAAAUUGGUGUUCAACCGAGGUCAACGUCGUUGCCGGAUUCAGCUUUGACUAAUGCUAUUGUGAACUUGGAGGAGCAUGAUCUUUCCAGCGUUCAUGUUUAUAAGAAGUUGCUUGAGGGUGUUCAAAGAAGAACGGACACGAUUCAGAGUCUGAAUUUUCAAAUUGAGUUGAAUGAGAAGCGCCGGGAGACGUUUCAAUUGUUGCGUCCUAAGAAGGAAUUGGUUGAGGAAGUCCCGUUUGAGCCUUUUGUCCCUCUAACAGAUGAUGAAGAACACGAGGUUUCUCGUGCGUUUUCUACCAACAGGAAGAAAAUACUGGUUGCUCAUGAGAGUUCUAAUAUAGAGUUAUCGGGAGAAAAGAUUCGGUGCCUUCUCCCGGGUGCAUGGUUAAAUGAUGAGGUGAUAAAUUUGUACCUUGAGUUGUUGAAAGAGAGGGAGCGGAGAGAACCAAAGAAGUUUCUGAAAUGUCAUUUUUUCAACACCUUUUUCUACAAAAAGUUAAUAAGUGGCAGGGACGGAUAUGAUUACAAAUCUGUCAGAAGAUGGACGACUCAAAGGAAAUUGGGAUACAACCUAUUCGAUUGUGAUAAAAUAUUUGUACCCAUCCAUCAAGAAAUCCACUGGUGCCUGGCGGUUAUCAAUAAAAAAGAUGCAAAAUUCCAGUAUCUUGACUCGUUGAAAGGAAAGGAUAACCGUGUGCUAAAAGUGCUGGCUAGAUACUUCGUAGAUGAAGUAAAGGACAAAACUGGGAAAGAUAUUGAUGUAAGCACGUGGGAGAAAGAAUUUGUGGAUGACCUUCCUGAGCAGGAAAAUGGGUAUGAUUGCGGUGUGUUUAUGAUCAAAUAUGCCGACUUUUAUAGCAGAGGCUUGGGGCUAUGUUUUAAUCAGGAGCACAUGUCUUACUUUCGGCGUAGGACAGCUAAAGAGGUAUUGAGAUUGAGAGCUAACUAAGCAAAGGAGUGACCAUUCAUCAAGAUCCCAAUCAUUUACUCCUCCGGCAACAUAGAAAUUUUGGCAGUACUUAGUUGAUGGAGGAUUCUCACUUUUGGCAAAGUCGUAACAAUUCAUUCUGGAAUUGAAGCUUUUGUUUGCUUGAAAGCUGAAUUGACUACUCAAAUGAUCCCGGUGUCUAGGUACAGUGGUCGGUAGCUAGGUUGCAGUAAGUUGUAUAUACAUUAUACAGUAUACGAGUGAAUUAUUAGAUGACGUUGAGGUGUUGACUAUAUAAAGGUGAUUUUGUUUCCUUGCCA